GGAAGAGGAGGAGGAGGAGGUGCAGACUGAAUGGAGGACAGCUUGCGGUGACAGAUCGAAGAGGAAUCCGACAGGCGUGUGCAACGAUGGAGCUGAUAUUGCUAUCAGGAGGUAUUCUGGUUCUCCCUGUCUUCGCCUUCAUCACCUCCUUCCUGUUCUGGCCCGGAGUCCUCCUCAAGGCCUACAACUGGUUCUGGCGUUACAGACUGGGUCUCGUGGUCCGCUACUCCCACAGCGGAAGUUACCGCUUCUGUUACUGCAGCCGCGGGACACCAGGGGGUGCCACGCCGUCGCUGCUGCUGCUGCACGGCUUCUCCGCCACCAAGGACAUGUGGCUGCCUGUCGUCAAGCACCUCCCCAAAGGCCAGCAUCUGGUGUGUGUGGACAUGCCGGGACACGAGGGGACGUGUCGCACCGGCCCCGAGGACUACAGCAUCCAGGGGCAGGUCACCCGAAUCCACCAGUUUGUGCAGAGUAUCGGUCUGGACAAAAGACCCUUCCACCUGGUCGGGACAUCGAUGGGUGGGAACGUCGCUGGAGUGUACGCUGCCCGUUACCCGGCUCAGCUGUCCGGCGUCACCUUGGUCUGUCCGGCAGGUCUGGUUUAUCCAACAGAAACUGAGUUCAUCCGUCGUCUGAGGGCGAUAGAGAACACCCAGGAGUCGAUCCCUCUGAUCCCCUCCACUCCUCAGGAGCUGGAGGACAUGUUGAAGCUCUGCUGCUACAGCCCCCUCAACCUCCCCCGACAGGUCAUGCGGGGUCUCCUUGACAACAGGAUCCCCAACAAUGAUUUCUACAAAGAAGUGUUCAUGGAGAUCGUCAGGGAGAAGUCUCGUCACUCGCUGCAGGAAAACUUGCAUCUGAUCACGUCACCUGUGCAGGUCAUCUGGGGGACGGAGGACCAGGUGGUCGACGUCUCGGGGGCGUCAGUGCUGGAGGCGGCGCUGCCAAACUGCCAGGUGGUGCUUUUGGACAAUUGUGGUCACUCUGUGGCGUUGGAGCGGCCCAGGAAGGCCGCCAAUCUCAUCAUGGACUUCCUGUCUGCACAGGAAGUCAGCUGCGAAAACACUAAGAAACUUUCCUGAAGAAAACCGUACAACCUCACUGUGGAUGUUGAAGGCGUGGAGAAUGAAGGUUAAGAUGAAGUGGUAUUAAUACUCUUUUAUAGUUUGAUAUAAGGGUUUUUACAUCUGUGAAAAUUAAAUGAAUGCACAAAAGUGGGACUGACAGUCAAAUAUUCCUUAAGUAUUCAGACACAGCACCAUGCAGGAGGCUGUAGUCUCUGUUUUAGAUGUUAAUGUUCAAUGAAAACAUUCCAUGGAAGAAUUUUGUGCAUUUCUCUUUAAGAUAAACUUUAUAUAAAUCUCUUGUGUCAUGUGAAUGGCAGUCGUUUCUUUGUGUGUGAAGUCUCCUGCUGUGAACUAACUGCACGUUCAACCUCAUAAAAGCACAUUCAGAAUUAAAAAUGUACUGUAGGUGAAUAACUGAUUCAGUAAUGUGUGCGUAUGAACAAAGUGUUUCUGGAUAACAUAAAUAAAUCUUCUGCAGAAUAAAAUAAUUGGUUAUUUG